GUCCGCGAGCGCCUGCGCAUUGGCCCGGAACCAAGAUGGCGGCGCCCAGCGGAGCCUUCUGGGCUGUGCUGCUCCUGGCGGCCGCGGCGCUGACGUUGGCGGCCGCUGUGUCCGAGCCCACCACCGUGCCGUUUGACGUGAGGCCAGGAGGCGUCGUACAUUCCUUCUCCCAGGACGUAGGGCCCGGGGGCAAGUUCACGUGCACGUUCACGUACGCUUCCCAAGGAGGGACCAACGAGCAAUGGCAGAUGAGUCUGGGGACAAGUGAAGACAGUCAGCACAUCACUUGUACCAUCUGGAGGCCCCAGGGGAAGUCCUACCUCUACUUCACACAGUUCAAGGCCGAGGUGCGGGGUGCUGAGAUCGAGUACGCCAUGGCCUAUUCCAAAGCUGCGUUUGAGAGAGAGAGUGAUGUCCCCCUUAAAAGUGAGGAAUUUGAAGUGACCAAGACAGCAGUGUCUCACAGGCCUGGGGCCUUCAAGUCUGAGCUCUCCAAGCUGGUGAUAGUGGCCAAGGCGGCGCGCUCAGAGCUGUGACUCACCGUGUAUCAUGGGUCGCCCUGUCCUCCUCAGGCGCACUUGCCCCGACUACUUGUCUGGGACACUGGUUCCCGUAGGAGCUGGUGUCGCCCUGUUUACAGCUCACACUGCAGCACUCUGCUGAACUCUGAGUCCUGUCACCCAUGUCACCAGGGAAGCACAGGACAUGCUGGGUGGGACCGAGGGGCCUCCUGGCUCUCCUGAAAUCAGUGUGGUUUUCCCUCUGAGCCACAGAUGAGCAUCCUCAUCCCCGGGACUGUUCACCCCACCCAAGGCACCUCCAUUCAAAAGGAGGGGAAGAGACAGAACAAAUAAACAGCUGGGACUCUGUGGGGUCAGGACUCAGA